UGGUACUCGGUUAUUGUGCAUAGUUAUUUUGGAUCUACACUUUAGCUACUGUUCUUUUAUAACAUAGCAAACUACAAAUGUCUACCUACAAAAUAAUUCUCAUUUGCCAUGGGGAGACUUGUUGGGACCAGCAGAAUCGCAUUUGUGGUUGGUAUGACUCUGACCUGUGCGAGAAUGGGAUUCAGCAGGUGAAGAGAUGUGGACAGGUUUUGAAAGAGGGUGGAUUUGAGAUUGACCACACCUUCACUUCUGUUAUGAAGAGGGCCAUCCGUACUUUAUGGACCAUUUUGGAUGAUACCAAUCAGAUGUAUGUACCUGUUCGCAGGGCAUGGCGUCUAAAUGAUCGUCAUUAUGGUAGUCUGACUGGGCUAACUCAUGCUGAGGCUGCAGCAAAGUAUGGAGAGGCCCAGGUCAAGAUAUGGAGAUUCUCCUAUGAUGUGCCCCCUCCUCCGAUGGAGGCGGACCAUGAAUUUUACAAUGUCAUUAGGAAGGAUCGGCGCUAUUCUGACCUGACUGAGGACCUACCUUCUUGUGAAAGCCUGAAGGACACUGUUGCCCGUACACUACCAUUGUGGAAUGAAGAGAUUGCCCCUCUAAUUAAGAAGGGCAAGAGAGUGUUGAUUGUUUCCAAUGGCAACAGUCUGAGGGGUAUCAUAAAGCACAUGGAAGGCUUGUCAGAAGAAGCACUUGUGGAACUGAACAUCCCUAAAGGAAUCCCUAUUCUUUAUGAGCUGGACAAGAACCUGAAGUCCGUUAAACCAAUGCAGAUCCUGGAAGAUAAGGAGAUGGUGCGCCAAGCCAUGGAGUCUAUGGCAGGAAAGGGCAAGGCCAAGAAGUAGAUUCCUUUACCAGACCAUCAAUGGGUGUUAUUGGUCAUCACUGACCAGCUACCACUAGUGAUCACUCAUGAUUCUGUGUCUGCAUUUGGGAGUUUUCUGUACCCAUGUUAACAUUGCAUCAUGUUCAUAAACUGCAACUUCAUUGUAUCCAACUAGCAGGUAGUUCUAAAUGUUAAUUAACCUAGCCUAAAUUCAGGGACCACUAAAUUUAUCUUUGAAAAACAUAUCAUGCCUUGUCAUAAUGUAUGAUGGACCACAGAUCAAAAUAAAAUAGUUUUGGGCUUUCGA